AGAAAAAGAAAAAAAGAAAAAAGAAAUUCGGGAAGAGAGAGAGAGGGAGAGAGAAUAAAAGGAAGUUUUCUCUUUUUUCUCAUCGAUCGUAGAAUUCUACUAUUGAAGUUUGGCUCGGAUUUCCAUAGAGACGUACACUCUUUACACGAGUUCCGAAUAUUCCGAUCGAAGGAAGUUUUUCCCUCUCCUCCCGCGUCGUCAACAACAAAGGUUCGACGCGUUGACGCUUUCUCUCCACCCCAAAUCUGAUCUGUGUUGGAGAGAGACAGAUUAAGCAAUCGCCGAUCGGUGAAUCCGUCAUGGGACAAGCCUUUCGCAAGCUCUUCGAUUCCUUCUUCGGCAAUUCCGAGAUGAGGGUUGUGAUGCUUGGCCUUGAUGCUGCUGGUAAAACAACCAUCCUGUACAAGCUACAUAUUGGAGAAGUUUUAUCAACAGUUCCUACAAUUGGUUUCAAUGUGGAAAAAGUGCAGUAUAAGAAUGUUGAAUUCACAGUGUGGGAUGUAGGAGGACAAGAGAAAUUAAGGCCACUAUGGAGGCAUUACUUCAAUAACACCGAUGGACUUAUUUAUGUUGUUGACUCUUUGGAUCGAGACAGAAUUGGCAAAGCAAAACAAGAGUUUCAGGCCAUUAUAAAAGAUCCAUUUAUGCUUAACAGCGUCAUCUUGGUGUUUGCAAACAAACAGGACAUGAAAGGAGCAAUGACACCGAUGGAAGUGUGUCAAGGGUUGGGGCUUUAUGAUCUUAAGAACAGAAAAUGGCAUAUACAAGGGACUUGUGCUCUCAAAGGAGAUGGCCUUUACGAGGGCUUGGACUGGUUAGCUAACACUCUCAAGGAGUUAAAGGCCACCGGAUAUUCUUCAGUGGGCCCCUCGUCGUUCUAGUUAACUAGGCUUAUUUGAGGCCUUGAUGAUUGCAGAUGUGGACAGGCGAUUUACAACUGUUGAAGUUUUGAAAUUUGGCUGAGUACUUGUGGCCUUGUUUGGCACAUUGAUUUGUCGAUUUCUUCAAAUGUAUAUUAGGAUAUGGCCCUCAGGCCCUGCCUUUUGGGGUUAAUUGGUAACAGGGGUUUUUGCCUAUUCUUUGGAUGCCCCCUGUAAUACAAUUGGCGCCUAUUCAAUGUGUAAAAUUGGGUGAAUUUCAAUUCCUGUUAAGAAUUUUACUUA